UGAGGACUGCAGUCCAGGGAGCCUGCUGGCCAGGCUGCUGCCACAGCCCUCCUGCCUGGGAGACCAGGCACGGCUCUGAACACCUCUAGUUCAUGUGUGACCCCCGCAAAGCCAUGCGGCUGUGGCUGGCGGCCCUCGUGGGCCUGUACUACCUGGUGCGCUGGUACCGGGAGAGGCAGGUGGUGAGCCAGCUCCUGGACAAGUUCGUCUUCAUCACGGGCUGUGACUCCGGCUUCGGGAGCCUGCUGGCCAGACAGCUGGACAGGAGGGGCUUGAGGGUGCUGGCUGCGUGUCUGACGGAGGAGAGGGCUGAGCAGCUGAGGCGCCAGACAUCGGACAGGGUGGAGACGGUGACCCUGGACGUCACCAAGACCGAGAGCAUCGUGGCCGCCGCCCAGUGGGUGCAGGAGCACGUGGGGGACCGAGGGCUCUGGGGCCUGGUGAAUAAUGCUGGCAUCUCCAUGCCCACGACCCCCAACGAGUGGCUGACCAAACAGGACUUUGUGGACGUGCUCAACGUGAACCUGCUGGGGAUGAUCGAGGUGACCCUGAGCCUGCUGCCCGCAGUGAGGAAGGCCAGGGGCCGUGUGGUCAACGUCUCCAGUGUCAUGGGCCGCCUGUCACUGAGUGGUGGCGGCUACUGCAUCUCCAAGCACGGCGUAGAGGCCUUCUCAACUCCCUCAGUUAUUGGGAUGAGCUGGGGCCCCUCCCUGGGUCCUAUUCCUGUUCUUCUGUGGAAACCACUUUCUGAGCUUCCAUAA